AUGUACAUGAAGAGGGCGGAAUUGAUGGAUGUGCGGGAUCAAGGCGGAACGCUAGUGUAUGAAGCAGCACUAGGUGGGCAUUGGAACAAGAACGGACUGCAUGCAAAGAACCGCAUAAGCACACUAAUAAGAGAGGAGGAAGGGCUAGAGUGCAGCAUAAUUCUUCUGGAUGGUCUUGCACUGGCGAUACCGCUGUCUGCCCUGGCACCGUCACCCAAGCCUGAACACAGAUUGUCACAAGUCCCUUGGGGUCGUAGCUAUGAUGUAGACCAUCUAACCCUCUAUUAUGCACUGAAGAACGGAUUCGAUAGGGAGGAGAUUCAAUGCAGCGAGUAUAUUUAUGAUACUACCCUCAGGACGCUUCUCGUACCCUCUCGUGACAUCAGAUACUACCCCCAGGACACCUUCCGCAUCGUCUCAACUUCGAAGAUCUGUGCAUCACUGUGUAUCAAAGGUGCUACUUUCUCAGACUCGAUGGGAUUCUCUCCGACAGCUGCAGUACUCGAGAUGCAUACGGGGUCCUCGUCCGGGUGUUUCCAAGACACUUUUGCGAUAUUCCAAAGCGGCUACGAAGAUCGCUGUGCAGAUGUGACUUGUAAAUUCAGAAGCUCAGAAGGACUCCAUGAUAUCGUGAGACUGCAGUGGAAGUUUCGUGUAGAACUGAUGUAUCACACGA